AACAAAAACAACUAUCCUCCAUCCUGGAGGCCUGGCUUCACAACAGCUAUUUGUAGUCACACUGAAAAGUUCUAAGUAGUUCAUCCUACUGCUUGCAGGUGAGCUCUCAAAGUAGCAACCUGUAAAAAGAAAAGGCUGAGAACACAAGGACAAGACACACAAAGCUUCCCAUCCCAGUUUCUCAACCCUCCAGGAAUCAAGACUCAUUCCAAGCUUUCCUGCACCUGUAUCCCACCCAUUUAGUUAAUCUUAAAAAUCUGUAUCCCAGUUUUUAAACUGGGAUGUUUGAUCAGAACCAUCUGAUAAUUAUUUGAAGGCCCCUUAUAUUAGCAUGGAAAUGACCUGCCACAGUCGGCUCCAGUGUGCUCAAGCCACCAGCUGGCAGCUGCCGUCAUCAGUGAGGGCUCCAGGAGCCUCCCCUACUGCACUGAGCAGCUUCACUGAGUGCACUGCCUGCUCCUGAAGCUGCAGCAGCAACUUGCUCGUGCAGCUAAGCAACCACCACUCAUAGAACAAGGGCAAGGUCAUAGAAGGGCUCAAGGCCCCUUCAUCCCCACCUCCUACUGUGGGCUCAUUAUCCCCCACCAGCUCAGGCAGCCCAGGGCCCCAUCCCACCUAGCACUAAGUGCCUGCAGGGAUGGGGCAAGCACAGUUCUCUGGGCCGCAGUGCCAGCGCCUCGCUGUCCUGUGAGGAAAAAAUCCUCUCCUUACAUCUAACCCAAACCUCCCCUCUUUUAGUUGAAAGCCAUUCCCUCCUGUCCUAGCACUACCUGCCUAUGUAAAAACCUCACUCUCCUCCUGCUUAGCAGCUCCCUUUAGGCACCAGUAGGCCACGACGAGGCCUCUCCACAGCCUUCCCUUCUCCAAGCUAAAUAACUACAGCUCCCUCAGCCUUUCUUCACGAAAAGCGCUUCAGCCCACACACCACCAGGCCGCGGCUACCCGGCCCUCGGCGAGACUGCGAGCUCACAGCGCACUGCCCUGCUGCUUCCUGAGAAACAACCCACCUCACACCACCCUGCCACAGCCACCCCCACCCCGCCACUACUUCCGCCCGGGCCGCCGGAAGUAGGCGGUACGCGCACGCGUUCACCACGUGACCUCGCUUCCUUCGGCGCCUGCGCAGGAGCAAACGGCGGCCCCGUUGAGCGCGGGCGGCUCGGCCGCGGCAUGGGGGGAACGGCCGCCGAGGCGGAUCGGACGCUGUUCGUAGGGAACCUGGACCCCAAGGUCACCGAGGAGCUGAUCUUCGAGCUGUUCCAUCAGGCAGGCCCAGUAAUUAAAGUUAAGAUCCCUAAAGAUAAAGAUGGUAAACAAAAGCAAUUCGCAUUUGUGAGUUUCAAGCAUGAAGAAUCUGUCCCGUAUGGAAUGAAUCUCCUUAAUGGAAUCAAGCUCUAUGGACGGCCCAUCAACAUCCAGUUCCGCUCAGGGAGCAGCCACGCAUCUCAGGACAGUAAUUCGUCAUGUUUGCCACAUGGAGCAGCCAGCCUGGGCCCUUCUGGCACACCACAUCCAGCCAGCAGACACGACAGGAAUACUGAUGGUAUGGUAGCAGCAGGGUUCUCAUCUAUGCAGAGGCCUUUGCCACCUCAUGACAACCUUCAGAGACAAGCAGGGAUGCACGGCGCUGCGUGGCAGCAGUCUCAGCCUGGCUUUGCUGUGCCUGGGUACCAGCACGGCCACUCCCUCACUCACCCAUCAGCCUCCCACAUGCUGCGGCGUCCGGACAUUGCAGUGCUGCGCAAAAACAGGAUGGGCUCCCACCCCUACUACCCAGACAACAGGCAUUUGGGCCGAGAACAGCGUGCAGGGGACCGAGGGCCUGACUAUGGCAGGGGUAAAAGGGAUGGCUAUGAAGACAGAGGGCACAUCUCUGAGCACCAUUACCGGGGGAGCAGAGACGAGCCAUUCUACGACGAUAGGAAUCGCAGUGCAUGGAGCCACGAUUACGACAGCAGAAGAGAGAGCUACCGAGAGGGCAGCUGGCGCUUGACGCGGCACUGACACGUGCAGUGGGCUUUAAAGAACUUUAUGCAAAAGAAAGAUAAAUCAAAGUUCCCUUUUAACGUUUGUAAAUCUAGUGACGUCAUAAUCCUCCAAACCUAGCAGCUUGAUUUUAAACGUGUGAACUCUACACCUCAGGGCUUUAUGCAAGAAAACAAAUGUGCCACAGUUUCAGAGAAAGCAUCGUGCAUUAUAAAGAGUCUGUGUAUUUUUGUAGUGCAGCUGAGGGAGGCCUCUCUGUUCCAGGUGUAGCUGCACAUCUUUUUAAACAGAUUUUAAGUGGUACGAUGCUUUGUGGCAUCUCAGUGUGUUUUGAUACAGAAAUGAUUCCUUUUGUAUACCCCUCGUCUCGGAGAAGAAUCCUACCAAGUCUCCCUGUGGAUAAACCAUACUCCUUUUAA